AUGGCAACAUCUCAGGAGCACGUGGAGUUGGCCAGGAGCAUUGCGAGUCAAGGGGCGGUCUUGCUGAAGAACGACAAAGUGUCCCAAGAUGGUGCACCUGUUCUGCCCUUGUUGAGGAGCCAGAAAAUCGCGAUCAUUGGUGAGGCCUGCGGCGUUGCGCCGGACAUUGACCACGAAUCUAAGACCUGGACGGAUGCGUCCUAUUUCUCCAUCGGCGGCUCCAGUCGGGUGCUGUCGAAGGACGAUCUUACUCUGAUGGAUGGCAUGUCUCGGUACGGCGCCACCACACAAAUUUGCUUAGAAGAUGACUUUGCUGGCGUCAACAAGGCCCUAUCAGGUGCAGACGUGGCCAUCGUUUGUGCAGGUUCUACCUCGACCGAGUCUGCAGACAGAACGACCUUGCGAUUGGAUCAGGACGCCCUCGUGGAUGAGGUUCUGCGCCAGGGGAACGAAAUGAAGGUUCCGGUGGUGGUGCUGCUGCUCACGGCCGGCGUCGUGGUGAUGCCCUGGAGCCAAGCUGCCACGGGCAUCUUGCUGAUGUUUCCCUCGGGUCAGGCGACUGGCCUUGCGGCAGCGGAUCUCUUGUUUGGCGCUGUGCACCCGUCAGGGAAGCUGCCAGUGACAAUCCCUGCCAAGGAGGAGGAUGCCAUGCGGCCGUGCAUUGAGUCCGCAUGCCCCUAUGAGGAGAAGCUCUUUGUGGGCUGGCACCUCUACGACGGCCGGGAUGUGGCCUAUCCCUUUGGCUUCGGCUUGACCUACACGUCCUUUGAGUACCUCCCUGGGGAGAUGUCUGACGAGCAGGAGAGCGGGGCAAAGAGUUUGCACGUCACGGUCAAGAAUGUUGGGGAGCAGCCUGGGAGAGAGAUCCUGCAGCUCUAUCUUCGCUUUCCGACCACCGUGCCGGAAAUCCAGCAGGAGCCCGCCACUCAGCUGCGGGGCUUCCAUCGCACUCGGCUGCUGCAACCCGGGGAGGCAGAGGAGGUGGUCUUCAAAGUGGGCCCUGGUGACAUGAUGGUAUGGGAGAUGCAGGAGGAUGACUGGACCAUGGUCUAUGGACGCUACAGCGUCGGAAUCGGCGCAUCAUCCCGCGACUUGCGUCUCUGUGGGGUCUUCUUCCACCAGCUGGGCGUCACUAAGGCGCAGGGCGUGCCUUUGGGGCCCUGCCCUCAGCGUGAGUUCCUUCUCUCAGCAGAUGGGCGAUGA